AUGCGAUCAUUGAAACGGGAGAGAGAUCGGAAAAGACGAACAAGGACCUAUGACGCCAGGGAUCGCUACGAAUGGCUGACGACCAAGCGAUGGUACCCUUUAGCUCGGGUCGUGUUCCUCCUAGCAAUAGGCUUCACAGCGUUGGUGCUCGCGGUAUUUUCCAUUCGAUCUGCAUGGCAUACAACCACCUCGCAUGCACCUGGGGCACCGACCAGCAGUAGCCAUCCCCCGAAAGACAAGGCUCGACUGGCCACCUCGCUCCUGCAAGAGAAUGUGCUGAGCAACCAAACGCACCCCUGGCGCAAGACAGUUAUCCUGCUCUCCAUCGACGGUGCAAAGCCACAAUACCUCGAAAAUGGACAGAUGCCCCAACUGGUAGAGAUGGGUAUAGAGGCAUCUGAAGUUGCGGGAGACGGAAAUAACGGAAUCAUCGCCGAAUACCUGCAGCCGCGCUUCCCCACCCUCACGUUCCCAAACCACUGGAGUUUGCUCACGGGUCUCCACGUCGAGUCCCAUGGGAUCAUCGCCAACGACUUUACGAUCGCUCCACCACUACCCCCGCCUUCUGGUAGCUCGGGAAGGCAUUUUCAAUACACGGAUCCGCUGCAGAGCCACGACGGAGCGUGGUGGAAAGGCAUUCCACUUUGGGCGACUGCAGAGAGAGCUGGCGUGCCAAGCGGGGUAAUGCACUGGCCUGGACCACCUAGACUCAGUACAGGGGAUAGACCCUCGCUGUUUGAAGAGUAUGAUGGGAAAUGGACCAUGGAAAAGAGAGAAAACAAAGUGCGCGAGUGGCUGAGCUUGCCGGUCCAGAAGCGACCGCAAGUCAUGUGCCUCUACAUCCCGGUCGUAGAUCAAGCUGCGCACGCGCACGGACCCGACUCGUACGAAGCCGCCCAAGCGCUCGGAGCGGCCGACGGUUUCGUUGCCACGCUUCGCAACUUGAUCAAAGAAUUCGGUGCAGAGCACCUCGUCGACCUGAUCGUCGUCUCAGAUCACGGCAUGACGAAGACGUCGCAGGAGAAGCUCGUCUACCUUGACGAACUGCUCGAUGCGUCACUGAUGAGCGAAGUGCACACCAAAGAUGGUUGGCCCAGCGUCGGGCUGCACUUCAAAGGAAACGCUGUAAGGCAGCAAGAGCUGCAGCAGCAAGCCGAGGCACAGCUGCGAAGAUCGCUGCUCAGCGGGAGGGCGUUUCAAGUGUUCAAGAGGGAAGAGCUGCCAGAGCAUUGGCACUGGCGGAACAACGAGCGCAUCGCACCGCUGUGGGUGGUUCCCAAGCUCCCGUGGAGCAUCACGAGUCGAGAGGAGAUGCGCAAAUUCGGCGGGCGGUACAAGCCGAUCGGGAAUCACGGCUACGACAGCAACGAACCGGACAUGGCGGCAAUUUUUGUUGCGCGAGGUCCAUCGUUCAAGCCGCGCAAGUCGAUCAAAGGGCCCGCCCUGGUGGGAUGGCACAACAUGUAUAGCUUUGACAACACCGAGGUGGCGAACCUUGUCGCGGAAAUCAUCGGCGUGCCUCCGGACGUCAGGGCGCCGAACAACGGCACUAAAGGCUUCUGGGAUCAAUAUCUGAAGUAG